AUUCACUGAUGAUAUGCCAUUGUAUCUACCCAGUGGCCACUUUAAUCUCAGUGCCACCUAUCUUCAAGUUGGGAAAUCAUUCUUGCAAAGGGCUUAUUGUAGUGGAGGCUUCACACCACAGUUACAAUCAAAGCCCCUCCAUGUGCUACACCACACUUUAGAUUCUCUAGAGGCAGUAAUGAAAUGCAUCGAAAUGAACUGGAUGACCAUUUUAGUAAGUAAUACAACCCAUAGUAGUGCUGUCCCUAGGUCUGAUUUCGUUACUCGGCUCGGAAAAAAGGUUUGUGGGUAUCAUUUUGUUCCAGACACUCUGUAGAAUAAAU